GACACUAUUUGCUAUAUAUUUAUUUUCUCAGUUUUCGAAAUGUCUUGAGGCAACUAACGACAUCAAAUCCCCCAUGCCCCACUUCUUUGGUGCCGCCCCUGGUUGAAGAUCAUCCCUUUGAUAUAUAAAAAAAAAAACCUGGAGUUGGUACCUCGUGAAAUCUAUUGUUCUAUGAGCGUUUCCUUUUCACGGAUAUGUUUUUGUCAUGAUCACUGGCAUAACCCUGCACUGCCGGAUGUCAGAAUAUAUCUGGACUCAAGGAGUUGCAAGUUUCGGGGAAGUUAAGGGAUUUUUAAUCGAAAUGAUUAUGGUCUGAUCAAUUCUUGGAGAGAUUAUUUCAGUUUUGGUGCGAUCCUGCCUGUGGUUCAAACACUCAGACAUGUGGACAAAAGACGCGCUGUCCAGUAAGAGGUACCGCGUUAUUCUGGAACCUAACGUAGAGUAUUGCUGAAGAGCGUGGUAGCAAGAACCUUCCAAGAUGGUACGGGUUCUUGCCCUUGUACUCCUGGUAGUGGCUCUGAAUGGGAUGACUGAAGCUAUCAAACAACGCUAUCAAACCCGCAAUAAGAGACACGGUUUCUGGAGACCGAAGAUCCCCAAGAGAAUCCAUGUGCCACCCAUUCGAGUACCACAUGUUAAGAUACCCCCUCUUCAAAUCCGGCUACCUAUCAAGCCUGAGGUGAGAGACCGGAAGAUCAAGAUCACUAAAGUUGAUAUUCCAGAGAUUCGAAUACCUAACCCCGUCCACAUACAAAUUCCGGACAUCCAAUUACCGGAAAUUCGAAUGCCGGACACACCUGAUUUACGCGUCCCGGAUAUCCGUAAUGAAAUGAGACCUGUCUCAGGACGGGUCUCUAAAUGGUUUCGUGAGCUCAGCAAGAGAAAAUUUAGAGCUUUUACUUCUAACCAUCCCCAUUGGACAUUAACAAUGGGAUGGUUCGACCAAUCUGAGAUGGGUCCAAACGAUAGACCAAGACCUCGACCUGGACCGGUGGGAGAUCAGAACAAUCCUCGCCAAUCUAUUUUGGGGUCACGUGAUCGGUCUGGUGGAUUAGGUCCUCGGUUCAACACUCUUUGCCGUGGGCGCCACUAUUCUGCACGCCGCUACGAGCCAACAACGUGGGUCAGUGCAACCUUUGUGAAUGGUACAAGUCUAGAUGUUCUUCGGCGUAUUAAAGGUUAUUUCAAUGGUGCUAAUGAUCAAGGGCGUGUAAUCUUGAUGUCCCGGCCUUUGAGGAUGACCGUUGAAGGUGCGAACGGAACCAUCAGUAACACUGAGGACACUCUGGAAGAAUUCACCCUGUCUGCUCUGGUACCAAGUAGGGCGCCAACACCGACAGAUCCUAUGCUACGCAUCACCUCAGAGCCACGACAGGUGUAUUUUGCGACACAUUUCCGCCUUCAUCGUCGGCCUGGUACUCUCGCAAUUUACGAUGAAUAUUUCGAUUCGAAGGACUCCCUUGACUUGGCCGGGGAAUCAUUCCAACAUGGGAUAUACCAUUCUGCAUUCUAUGAAACAUGGGCUGAAAUCAGAUCCCCUUCUUCACGACCCCAUCCUGGUGAGAUCCUCAUCCCCGCAGCUCCGGGAGAAAAUCUUGCCUGCGCUCGACAAGAAGUAGUAAACCACCAGAAUGGAAUCAAACAAUGUGGAGAAUCCCGAUGUCCUACUUAUGAACAUCUUGAACAGCUUCGUGAUGAUAUAGAACUUCGUCGUAUUAAGGGUGGAACGCACAUUACAAGAGCGGCUCCCGCCUGUACGUUCACCAUUCCCGCCUUCAUUAAUCACUGUGCUUUGAACAAAUAUCUAGCAGGCGCAAACAGUGAAGGGAUUCAUUAUGCAUCUCGGGCUCCUUUUAUCCAUCACGUCUCCCCAUCCAGCCCUGGACCUAGCAUAUGUACACAGACCGCUAUAUCUGCGUACAUGCUACCACCUAACAUCACCGCUGCUGAACCAACAGAGUGUUCUGGCUUUCACGGGAGGGAUAUGAGACUCAGAACUGUACCCGACAAGGAGGUGUAUGUCUUAAAGUUCAGCGGCCGACCAAAUCAAAUGGUUGUGGAAAGCAAAGUAGAUGAACUUCGAGGUUUUCUGAGAGAGCGGGGACUUGAACACUGCUUCCAAAAGAGAAGUUAUGCUGUUGCUGUCUAUGAUCAUCCAUUCAGCCGACCUCCCCAUCUCAACGAGAUUUUUGUGUUCAAGAAAUCUGGUCCUUGCCGACCCCGAGAUAUUAACCGACCCAACAUUGAAGAUCUACCAGCAGUCACUCCUGAUUCCAUUCUCCCGACAUCAUCGGCGUCAAUGAUGACCACGGAGCCGAUGUUCUUUGAGGAAGAGACUUCGACUACGACGAGAGCAGUUGAGGAAACAACGACCAGGCGAUCAACGACGUCAGUCCCUGAUCGAGUGUCGACCACCACGGCUACAACUCAUUCUCCUUUGAUCGAAGUCGAUCUGACAUUGGAGUCUAAUAGUGUUGAUCUGAGUAAUGAUCUUAUCCCAUACAGGUUUAGCGGAAAUCAAACGGAUUUUCCAGAGGAUUUUCCAGUCGAUAUUUUCGUUUAUUAGGUAAAUGAUGGAGAGCGUUGUCGAAACACCAUGCCCUAGAAAAAAAAGGUUCUCAAGACUUGGACUUAGCAGUUCGCCGCCAUUCUUGUACUUGAUAUUACUAAUUUGAGAAAAGUAAAGCUAUCGUUAAAUAAUACGCUGCAAAAACACCAGUGUUAAUUUAACAUCAGCCCGGUAUCAAUAUCGGAAAGCGUUGAUACAACACCGGUUCUGCGUAAGGCGAACACCAAUUCGUCAUUUAAGCAACGUCAAUUAGUGUAAAAGCAAUAUCGGUUUCAUUAUUAACUGGUGUUGUUCAAGACUUCUCUGGUUUUUUUCCGAUAUAGAUCACAUGCAGGCCAAUGUUAAAUUAACACCGGCGUUUUUGUAGUGUACGUCCGAUGUAGAUCGAUGUUUAUUGUGCUUAAUACGACUAUUCUCAUCGCUUACGAAGAAUCUCAUUAAACGCAGGAUUGAAUGAUCAACAGUCGUACGUACAGUUCUGAACUUACUAAACAGCUAUAUGGAAGAGUCCACAUGUCAUUUAGCAUAGAUACUUAAUGGGCGUUGCGAUAAACUUAUGUUCCAAAUCAAGCACAAGCAAGGAAAAUCAUGUUCAACUGAUUUUAUUAAAUGCAAUUUCUUUAGUUGACAAUAUGUGUUCAAUUGCAACUCAACUUUCUUGCAACGCCUGAUUAGCCGUCGUUAGACUUUGGGACUUGCGCUUGCUCCAAUUAUUAGUCGUACACUAGCCCUCUUCAUAGUCCAUAUCAUUUAUUAUAUUGUGAACAAUCAAGUUCUUGUCAUGCAGGGCCUAUAUUCUGCAGGAUCUGUGUUAAACAUGUUAAAGGCAAAAAGGCUUUGAUAGCGUGAGUGAAGGCCUAUUGGUGAUCUAAACACGCUAAAUGAAACAUAUUCAUUGUUUAUUACAAAAUUCAUUUGUUUUCACCGAUUGAUGGCUUAAACAUAAUAAAGCGGCGCGCGGCGAUGGAUCCUUUGCGACUAUGGCGCUGCCAAAUUUGUAUUAUUCGGAACGUUUAGCCUGGUUUAGACAUUGAAGUAGAUGACUCGUGUAAGAGUGUAGUGUACUUGUUUAAGUAUCAUUCAGUAAGAUUUUAAGUGAUGUAGUAUUUGAUAUGAAACUCGCCUGUCUCUAUCUCGGUAAAUAAAGUGAGUAUAAUUUGAGGGCUCUAUCAUAUAACAUUAAGUCACUUAAAAGUGUUCAAAGCAGCAUGGUUGUUUCUUUAUUUUUAUUUAGUAGUGUUACAUGUGUAUAACUUACAGGACCAAAUUUGAAGAUAUACUGGAUUACUCAUUGAUAGUUAUGUUUAUGUCGUCACAAAGCGUCCAUAUUCUCUCUAUUUGUAUAAACUAAAAGUUUGGGAAAAUAAAAUAUACUUCAUAAAAAUCAUCAAAAUGCGUCGGUUAUACUCAAUGUUCAUACAAAUCUGAAAUCAUAUUGCUAUCAACAG